UCAAGGAGUCCAACUUCUUAACCUGAAAUACAUCCUGUCUGCUGUUAGGAAUUUCCUCCUAGAACUGAUAAUAGGCAAAUAGAGGAAGGCUUAACAAUGGGCGUUUUCUGUUGAUUUAACAGCUGGAAAGAUGAAUGUUCAGGACAAAUGAUUUGCCAAGCUACUCAUAAUUAGUUGUGGAUUUAUUUUUAUUUUUUUGUCCCGGAAUGUUCUUAUGGCUGUUAAGAGUAAAAGGCUUUAGGAAACAGGCCCGGCGCCAGCAGGCAGCCAGUUUCACCAAUAACCAUGACUAACGCCGAAGCUGACACAGGACUCCCAAGUAUAGAGAGAAAGCCUGGCCUUCAGAUAUGGACCAUAGAGAAAAUGAAAAUGGUGCCUGUUCCUGAAAGGGCCUAUGGGAGUUUUUUCGAAGGGGACUGUUACAUCAUCUUAAACAACACAAAGACUCAUUCUGGAUUUGCCACAGACCUGCACUACUGGAUUGGACGUGACUCCUCCCAGGAUGAGCAAGGGGCAGCUGCUUUCUACGUGACUCAGAUGGACGACGUCCUCGGCGGAAACCCCGUGCAGCACAGAGAAGUGCAGGGGCAUGAGUCGGCAGCCUUUAAAAGUUAUUUCAAGAAAGGCAUCAUCUACAAGAAGGGAGGUGUUGCUUCUGGGUUCAAGCACGUGGAGACCAACAUGUACAACAUCAAACGCCUCCUUCACGUCAAGGGGAAAAAGCAUGUCUCAGCUACAGAGGUAGAUCUUUCCUGGAACAGUUUCAACAAAGGUGAUGUCUUCCUAUUGGACCUAGGCAAAGUGUUAAUCCAGUGGAAUGGUCCCUCAUGCAACGUUGCAGAGAAAUCGAGGGGCAUGGUCUUGGCACGGAGCAUCCGGGACGGCGAGAGAGGUGGCCGGGCUCAGAUCGGCAUCAUCGACAACGAGAAAGAUUGCCCAGACCUCAUGCAGAUCAUGAAAGCAGCGCUGGGGGAAAGGCACGGAGAGCUCCGGGAGGCGAUGCCGGAUGAGAAAGCAGAUGAACUUCAGAAAGGCAACGUCCGCCUUUACCACGUCUAUGAAAACGGGAAGGAUUUAGUGGUUCAAGAAAUUGCUACACGGCCCCUCACGCAAGACCUCCUGCGGCAUGAGGACUGUCACAUUUUAGACCAGGGAGGUUUUAAAAUUUAUGUCUGGCGAGGAAAUGACUCCAGCAAAGAGGAAAAAAAAGCUGCAUUCAGUCGAGCUGUGGGCUUCAUCCAAGCCAAAGGGUAUCCUCCUACCACAAACGUAGAAGUCAUAAACGAUGGAGCAGAGUCGGCUAUGUUUAAACAGCUCUUCCAGAAGUGGACGGAAAAAUACGAGACUCAAGGACUUGGAAAAACCCACAACGUGGGCAAGAUUGCCAAGGUGGAUCAAGUUAAAUUUGAUAUUGCUCAGUUGCAUGCUAGACCAGAGUUGGCUGCUGAACAGCGGAUGGCGGAUGAUGCCUCUGGAAAAGUAGAGGUGUGGAGGAUUGAAGAUCUGGAGAUGGUUCCAGUAUCUCCCAGGACUUAUGGGCAGUUCUACGGUGGGGAUUGUUACCUCAUCUUGUACACCUACACGAAAUCAGGCAGGCCUCAUUACAUCAUCUACAUGUGGCUUGGCCGUCAUGCCUCUGUGGAUGAAAUCACUGCUUGUGCCUUCAGCGCCGUAGAGCUGGACAGGAAAUACGGGGAUGAGCCGGUGCAGGUCCGAGUGACGAUGGGGAAAGAGCCGAGACAUUUCCUCGCACUCUUCAAGGGAAAUUUGAUCAUUUAUGAGGGAGGCACAAGCCGUGCCCAGAAGAGCGAGCCAGAGCCCGCUGUCCGGCUCUUCCAAGUGAGGGGCACAGAUGAAUUCAACACCAAAACCAUUGAGGUCCCAGCCCGAGCAUCUUCACUCAACUCCAACGAUGUCUACCUUCUCAAGACCAACCAAGUGUGCUACCUGUGGUGUGGGAAGGGAUGCAGCGGGGACGAACGGGAGAUGGCAAAGAAUGUGGCCGACAUCAUCUCCAAGCGGGACAAACAGACUGUUCUGGAGGGUCAGGAGCCAGCAGAGUUUUGGGUUGCUCUUGGAGGCAAAGCCCCCUAUGCCAGCGACAAGAGGUUCCAGGAGCAAGUUGCCGGGUACCAGCCCCGCUUGUUCGAGUGCUCCAAUCAGACGGGGCGGUUCAUCAUGACGGAGAUAGUGGAUUUUUGCCAGGAUGACUUGGAUGAGGAUGAUGUCAUGCUGCUGGACACCUGGGAGGAGAUUUUCCUUUGGGUUGGCAAAGCUUCCAACAACUAUGAGAAGAACGAGUCUAUUUCCUCGGCCAAAGAGUACCUGAAGACACAUCCAGCAGGAAGAGAUUUAGGGACGCCAAUCAUCAUGGUGAAACAAGGUCAUGAACCCCUGAACUUCACUGGCUGGUUUGCUGCUUGGGACCCAUACAAGUGGAGCGAUGGCAAAUCCUACGAGGAGAUGAAGAACAGCUUAGGAGACGUGUCUGCUAUAUCGGAGAUCACCGUGGAUCUUAAAAAUGCCAACCUGAACAACAGAAACUCCAGCAGUAAACCUCCUGCCAAUCCAGCUGUUUUUUCGGGGAGUGAAAUAAGCGCACAGGGGCACGACGCACAUUCCACCACCAGCAGCAACAACAGCUACAACAGCAUUGCGCCGUCAGUACAGAGCAAUGGGAACGGUGCAUAUCACAGAGACAUGCUGAUCAACAAGACGAUGGAUGACCUUCCAGAGGGUGUAGACCCCACCAAAAAAGAGUACUACCUGUCCGACGCAGAUUUCUAUGACAUCUUUGGGAAAACCAAGGACGAGUUCUACCAGAUGCCCAAGUGGAAGCAGCAGAAUGAGAAGAAGCAAUAUGGACUCUUUUGAGCAAAAAGGAGCUUUUGCCUUGCCUGCCUGGCCAGCUACUUAGAACUCAUUUUGGGAUAACUCCACAGGUGUGGAAGAGAGGCUGCAGAAAAGAUGCUUGCACUCCCAUACCGCAAAGAACUAUUUAAAAAAAAAAAAGCAGCACACUCUUGAAAUCGGUACUGUCAAAGAAAGGCUUAGAGUAUCUUCCUCCCCACUCCCACCGUCCCCUGCACCUCCACUACUAAAAGUGGCAACCUGUUUUUUUCUUUCCUGCCAGCUUCUUAUCAUUCAUCUGCACAAGGAGAAUAGAAUGAAAGUUUCUUAUA